AUGAAAAAAUCAAAUAUUUUUAAUAAAAUAUUAUUGCUUGCAAUUAUUAUUUGUUCUUUAGAAUACCACCAAAAUGAAUUAUACAAUAUAAACGAGAUAAACAUAUAUCCUCAAAGGAAUGCAAUAAAUUUUGGAAAUGGUAGAAUAUUAGCAUAUACAAAAAAACCGAUAGACUUAAAUUAUUUUUAUGAAUCAGUUUUAACUCUUAACGGUCAAACAGAAGAUGAGUAUAGCGAUGAAGAAAUAUUAAAUCUUCAAGAUAUUGACAAGUCAUAUAUAAAUGAUUUGAAAAAUAAUAAGUUAGAGAAUUUAAAAAUUACAAUUUCGAAAACAAAUAAUUUGGUUAAUGAAACUAUGAAUGAUAUAUCAGAAACAAUGAAAUGUGAUGAUGAUAAAAAUAAACGUCAAUUGGAAUCCCAAAAAAUACCUGAUAAUGAAAUAUUCAACAUAUUAGGAGAUAAUAUGGAUAAUAAAAAUGAAGAUUAUUUUUUUCUCAGUAGGCAUCUAGAAAGUUUUAAGUUAUUUCUAGAUGAUAGCUUUAUGACAAAUAUUGAUUAUAAAAAAAUUGAAAGGGAAUAUAAUAUUUUAUUUACAAACAGUGCAUUUAACAAAUUACUACGUAAACAUAUUAAUAAAAGUAUAGCUAGAAAUGCAGCAAAUGUCAUAUUAUGGAAUUUGUCAAUCGCAAUUUUGUCUGCACAAAUUAGUUUUGGAUUCUUGUUAUUAUUCCCUGUAUCUAUGGUAGAUUUUAAGAUUAAAUAUAAUCAGCUCAGAAAAUUACAUAAAAUAAGAAAAAUAAUGAAAAAAUAUUCCCGCUAA